CACCACCAAAGCGGCGGCGUUCGUCAAAACCCAUGCGUUCCACACAUUUCCCAGAGGAGAAACCUCGGACCGCGUCACCGCGGGGUCCCCUGACCCUCACGUGAGAAAUGUCGAUGCCGCGCCGGGCGGCAGAGGUCGCCGUGGCGGAGGCGGAUGCCCUGAUCUCGCUGCCGACGGGCGUCCUCGACGACAUCCUCGACCGCGUCGGCCUCCUGGACGCCGUCCGCACGUCGGCGCUCUCCCGCGCCUGGCGACGCCGGUGGGAGGACCUCCCGUCCAUCGACUUCUACUUCCCCCGCCCCGACGAGGCCAAGCACCUGAGGUCCGUCGACAGCGUGCUCCUCCGCUGCCCAGGCCGCGUCCGGCGCUUCUGGGCGCACCUCGACGAGCCCUCCGAGGCGCGCAUCCACGACUGGCUCCUCGUCCUCUCCCGCCGGGGCGUCGACACCCUCAACCUCAGGCCCAUCUCCUUCGACGCCGUCCUCGCGCUCCCCGCCUCCGUCUUCGCCUGCCGCCGGCUCACCAACCUCCGCCUCCACGCCUGCGCCAUCCCGCCCCUGCCCGCGGGCUUCGAGGGGUUCCCGGAGCUGAGGAAACUUGCUCUCACCUGCGUCCGGUUCCGGGAGAACGGGGAGUACCAACUGGAGGAGAUCAUCGCCACGUCGCCCUCGCUUGAGAAGCUGGUGUUCUGGGAGGUAAAAAUCGUGGGCGACUUCAAGGAGUGGGUGAUUCAGGGGCCCAAUAUCCAGGAGAUACAGAUCAGUUCGUCCAAAGAUUUGGGCUGGAUCCUUGGGGAGCUUCCGUCCCUGCACUCUGCCAACAUUGAUAUACUGGACUAUUUAGGGGGCCGCGAUUUCGCCAAAUUCCUCGCCGGCUUUUCGAACAUUACGAGGCUUGUGAUUUGUACUCGUCAUUCACCGUUAAAUGGGGCUAUAAUACUAGAGAGGCUUCAAUGCAAAUUUGGCAACUUAAAGAGCUUGACACUAUAUACACAAUUUUGUGAGCUUCCCUCCAUUCUAUCAACCUAUUGCUUACUAAGGAAUGCCCCAAACCUUGAAAGACUCAAAAUACUGAUCGACAACAGUGCCGAGCAGAAAUUUGAGGCACAUGAAGAGUUUCAAAAUUCACAGUGGACCGGUGGCAUGUGUGCCAACCUUCAGUUCGUGCAGAUGACUGGUAUUCAUUGGCUUCCAAAUGAGAUGACUUUUAUAGAGCUUAUUCUCUCUAAAGCAAGGCUUUUUCGCACAUUAUUUAUUACUCAUGGUGAGAAUUGCUCAAUGUCGAAUGAGGAUGCAAUGAACAAGAUACUAAGUUACAGAAGAGCUUCGACUUGUGCCGAGAUUCUGUUUAAAGGGAAAGCCAGUGUCACAUUUUUUCGCAGCUGAAGCCUGCAUGUAUGUGGAGCUGUCUCGCCGGAAUGCAUCCAGAAAAUCGCUUUCCCAAAGCCCUGGCAUAGUUCUGUGUCCUGAAAGAAACUUGCUUGUCACUGGCGCAAAAAUUGUGAUAUACUUCAGUGCAGUAGCUUGUCUUGUCUGUUUUGUUUGUUUUGUUUUUCCGAACUGAGCUUGUCUUCUUGGUACUUCUGCUGUUGCGGGUUAACUCUCUUAUGAGAUUCAACUUGGUCUUAAAACCUGGACCGGCUUAA